AUGUCUGCCGCCAACACGCUUGUGUGGAGCCACCGCAAGCUCGCUGUCUGGGCCCCGCCCGCGUUCGGGCUACCAAACUUUGGUCCAAAGGCACCCUCCAUCCAUACUGUGUCAAGGCUGCUGAAGCGGGAGGCACAGCCGCUCUCAACAUCUAUUGACUAUUUAGACAGCAAGAAGGCAUCGUCACCCACGUGGUUGCUGCUGGAGACGUACUUGGUGGAGCAGCUGGCAGAGUUUGAAUCGCGACGGGCUGCGAUAGCUUGCGCGAGCCCCAAGCUUACCAAAAGCGGCUGGCAGCACCACUUUAUGGCUCGCCACGGCCUCAAGAAUCGAUGGGGAUAUCAGCUCGUGGAUAUCGACGCUGCUCGUCGUAAGCGACUCGAGCUGCGUGACAAUGAGGAUGCUGCACCCCAAAACUACAGCGGCGCUCCAACCUAUGGGCCAAGGGGUCAUAGCAUGGUUAAAGCAGCGCUUUAUGGCUGCAGGGACACAAGCGGCAGCUCUUCAUCUACUUGA